GCCGCAGCGCAGGCUGGGUAGCGUUGCACGGCUACUGUUGCUACGCCAGCAGCGUCGCGGCGGCCGAAGCAGCGAUGGUGAAGGAAACCAUCCGGGUGUAUGCUCGACUGAAGCCGCUGGGCAGGCGGCAGCAAGCAGGGAUUUACUCAGUUGAUGAUGAGACAUCUGCAUCCAGUCUGGAGAUUACUGUGCCACGUGAUUUAGCAGAUGGAUUUAUCAACAAUAAGCGAGAGAGCUACAAGUUCAAAUUUCAGAAAGUUUUUGAUCAAGAGGCAAAGCAAGAUGUGGUUUUUGAAAGCAUUGCCAAACCUGUGGCAGAAUGUGCUUUGGCAGGAUAUAAUGGUACUAUCUUUGCAUAUGGCCAGACAGGUAGUGGUAAAACAUUUACAAUCACAGGAGGAGCUGAACGUUACAGUGAUCGAGGCAUCAUUCCCAGGACUCUGUCUUACAUUUUUGAUCAACUGCAGAAGGAUAACAGCAAAGUCUAUACAACUCAUGUUUCAUACUUAGAAAUCUACAAUGAAUGUGGUUAUGAUCUGUUGGACCCACGACAUGAAGCUUCCAGAUUAGAAGAUUUGCCAAGAGUGACAAUAAUGGAAGACCCUGAUCAGAACAUUCACCUGAAAAACCUAUCUCUUCAGCAAGCAAGCAAUGAAGAGGAAGCCCUAAACUUGCUCUUCUUGGGAGACACUAACAGAAUGAUUGCUGAGACCCCGAUGAAUCAAGCCUCAACUCGAUCUCACUGCAUUUUCACUAUUCACAUCUCUAGCAAGGAACCUGGAUCUCCAACUAUCCGACAUUCCAAGUUACACUUAGUAGACCUUGCGGGAUCAGAGCGUGUUGCAAAGACUGGAGUUGGAGGUCAUUUAUUGACAGAAGCCAAAUAUAUUAACUUAUCAUUACACUAUUUAGAGCAGGUAAUAAUUGCACUUGCAGAGAAAAACCGGUCCCACAUUCCCUAUCGAAACUCUAUGAUGACCUCAGUGCUAAGAGACAGCCUGGGAGGAAACUGCAUGACCACAAUGAUAGCAACACUCUCUAUAGACAAAAGAAACAUAGAGGAAUCUAUAUCAACUUGCAGAUUUGCGCAACGAGUUGCUCUUAUUAAAAAUGAAGCAGUUCUUAAUGAAGAAAUUGACCCCAAAUUGAUGAUUAUUCAGCUGAAAAGGGAGAUCCAAGAGUUGAAAGACGAGCUGGCACUGGUGACUGGCAAGCAAAGAACAUCACAGCUUUCACAAGAAGAGCUACUUCAGUUGGAUGAGUUAAUACAAAUAUUUCUGGAAGACAGUGAUCCUGAAAGCACUUUGGAUGUUGAAGCAGACAUGCGCAAGAUCAAGUACUGCUUCACUUAUUUGAAGAAUCAUUCAAAGAUUUCUGAUGGAAAGCUGCUAUCCCAUCACAUCUGUGAAGAAAAAGACACUAGCAAAGAAGAUGGAAAAGAGGAACUGAAAAAAAUGAAAGAACUUCUGCAGCAAAGAGACAAUGAGAUCAAUAUUCUAGUAAACAUGCUAAAAAAUGAGAGGAAGAAAGCACAAGAUGCUCUUUUUCAGCUCAGUGCUGCCUCUGCUGGUUCUACAUCGCUGAAGCAAUCUCACUCUACAAACCUUGAAGAAAGUCAAAACCCAUCUAGAUUUUUUAGCCUAAAAGAAGCAAAAGAUCUCAGCUCUUCAGUUCACAGGCUGCCUUUUAUUUCCAGAAUGAAAGAAGGAAAGAUGUCACUUGGAUGUCAGGAGGCUUUUGAAGUUUUCAAGCAGGACCAUGCUGAUAGUAUAACCAUUAAGGACAAUGAACACCUUCUAAAACAGAGGUAUGCAGAAGCUAAAUGUCUUGGAGAGAAAAUAAAUGAAGUGAGGAAUAAAAUAAACCAUCUGAAAGGAAAGAUAACACAGAGACAUAUUCAAAGAGCUGCUCUAGCUGUUUCCAAUCCUUCUGAAGUGCUGGAUGCUCUUGAUCCAGUAGAAGAGAAACUUCGAAGUCAAAUUGAAGAAGAGAAAAAAAGUUAUGAUACAAUGUUCAAUCGCUUGAAAGGGCUGAAGGUAGAGAUUGAACACCUGCAGCUUCUCAUGGAAAAAGCCAAGAUGAAGCUGCAGAAAGAAUUUGAAGUCUGGUGGACUGAAGAGGGAGCAAAUCUACAGACCCAGCAAGAAAAGACAGAGUUGGUUAGCUCACCAAAUACCACAAUGGUUUACCCCCAGUUUAUCAAAUCUUCACAACAUCCAUUGGCUAGCAGCUUUUCAGAGACCACAAGAGCCAAUUCCAAUGAAGAUCCAUCUGGGAGAAACAAUUCAAUCAUUUUUAAUAACCCAAGUACAAAAAUAAGGACCUCACCAAGUUCAAGUACAUCUAUUCCUCUAACUGGAGACAGCCAGACUGAUGCUGACAUCCUAGCUUUCAUUAAAGCAAGACAGAACAUUCUGCAAAAGAAAGGCCUGGGAAACAAAUGAAGUUCUUGUGGCAGUCCUCUAUUUCCUUUUAGAAACUGUUGAAGACCUUUCUUCAUUACCUUCCUCUUCUGAGAAGAAGCAGCCAUUUCGGAUGUUCAGAUUUAAGUACAAUGAUAGAAAAGUAACUUCUAUCUGGCAGCAAAAAUCCAUUUCUUCAGGGGAUUAUAUUUGAAUAUUUCAGUUUCAGCAGCUUGCAUUAAAACUAAGCAAAGCUUACACAAAUAAUCAUGAUUUUGCCAAAUAUAUUUGUUCACUCAGAAUUUACUGUUGUUUUUCUAGAUGUUAAGUUUAUUACUGUAUUAAUGUUCUUCUACAUCUCUAAUCUGGGUAAUACAUAUUACUAACGAUUGAAUGUUGUUAUUUUUUCCUCCUUUGGUAGGUAUAUACUGGAAGCUUGCAAAGAAAUCAGAUGAAAUUGGCUAGUUUUAUUUGCAUGGAUUUGAAUAAGGUGUUAAAAUUACAUCUAUUUUGCAUUUAGAGAUGUCUGAGAAAAAAAUUCUGGGUUAAAAAAUAUUACAAAAAUAAUUUGAGAUCUUUUGCUGAUUUUAAUUGUACCCAAUACCUAAUAGUUUUAAUACCUGAUUAUUAAAAUGUGGAUAUUGUAUGGUAAUAUGAAAAUUAAUUUUUAUUGGAAA